CUCGAGCACUCGUGCAAAUUUCUUGCUGGGCCGGAACGUGACAGCUAGAGAAUGAGGCUAUUUUGCGCUGUUUUGGUUAUUUACGUUGUGGCUUUGACGCUUUUCGGUGUUGAUGGACGUGGUGGUGGAACCACAAAGGGCCUCGAGGCGCCGCACCAUUCGUUGCAUAGAGCGCCUCGCCAUGCCACCCCAAUGCGUAAUGAGCCGCCAAAGGAACUGUCGCAGCUAUCAAAUGAGCCACCACCACCACCAGCGCAUUUUAGAUCCCGUCGUCAUGUUACGGACAUGAGCAAUGAACAUCCUGAGGACGCACCAAAAGUAGCAAACGAGGCACCGCCACCACCACCAAAAUUCAGAUCCCGUCGUCAUGCUAACCGAAUGAGCAAUGCACCACCUGAGGACGCACCAAAAGUAGCAAACGAGGCACCGCCACCACCACCAAAAUUCAGAUCCCGUCGUCAUGUUAUGGAAAUGAGCAAUGAACCACCAGAGGAUGCACCAAAAGUAGCAAACGAGGCACCGCCACCACCACCAAAACUCCGACAACGUCGUGAUAUGCCGGCCCCACCAGGAAUGCCGCCGCCACCACCGCCUGAAAUGCCACACCCUCCGAUGCUAUCAUUCCUGUAAGCAGUUUCAAAUGGGCAGAUAAAAAUCGUUGGAUAUACCUAUAUACAUUUAAUCAUUUGUUGGGCGUUUGUGCAAGUUGAGGAACCACAUAAAAAAAAUACACGAUUAAGAGCAUUGAAAA